AAAAAAUAAGCUGUAAUUUAGUUGGCGCGCAAACGCGAGUGUUGACAGUCGAGUAGAUAUUAUAAUAUUUAUUUAAUUUUUUCUUUAUAACAAUCUAACAUAAUGUUGUUACCUGUGUUCCAUUUAUCGGUGGUUGCAUUAAAUGUAUAUGCAUUUACAUAUGAUCAAUUGUAUUUGGAUAUACCGUUUCCAUCUACAAUAUUUAGCGAAAUGCCUUUCAAGGCUCGAUAUGUCUUUUUGACAAUAUGGUGUUUUAUACUUCAAACUAUAUACUUCUGUAUAUCAUUUCUAAACGAUAUAGCAGGAACAAACGAAUCAUCGCCAAAAAGGACACCUUUUAUUCGUACUAUAAAAGACGUACUAUUCAGCGUGGCUUUUCCCAUAGCCCUCUACGUAUCCGUAGCCUUCUGGAGCAUCUACUUCAUUGACAAACCUCUCAUAUUCCCCGACUAUAUAGAGGCAAUUUUCCCUGCCUGGCUAAAUCACACCCUGCACACAUUCAUCACGGUGUUCCUGAUUAUCGAAUUAUUGGUCACCAAGAGGAACUACCCAUCAAGAAUAACCGGAAGUGCCAUAACGAUGCUAUUCGUCGUAGCCUACGUAAUCUGGAUGCACGUUAUACAUGACAGGACUGGAUCGUGGCCGUACCCAAUCUUCGACGUGCUGAAUCUCCCAUUACGAUUCAUAUUUUGCGGAUUUAGCACAAUUUUAGGUUUAGGUAUAUAUGUAGUUGGCGAAAAGCUAAAUUCUCUAGUAACCCCUGUAUCAAAACAAUAUUACACCAAUGGUACGUCAAAAAAGAGUAAAUUGAAAUAAAUAUUUGAAAAAAUUG